CCCCGCCUGUCACCAGCAGCCUCUUGCAGAAUCCCAUGUCGCACCCACAGCGGCUUCUAACGUUCAAUGCAGGUACCGGCGGCAGUCAGACAGGACUGCCAUCAACCAGCCGCUCACACACAGGCACAGUAAUCCACCCCCGUAAACCGCAUCCAUUGCCAGCCUCUGUGGCAACGUCGCAAAAUGAUGCCUUGGCAGCCCUACUUUACGGCUUUACCUGACAACGUACACGUCGCAGGAACAUAGCUCCCCGCAGCCGAUUGGACGGCGGCUGGAUGGAUGCGCUCUGUGUCACGUGACCAGGCCCCGCCCCCCCCUGUGUUUCCUGCUGCAGAUGUGGCGGCUAGGCGCUGCACAUGUCACCCUGCAGGAGGAGACCGGACAGAGAUGCUCGGGGGGCUGGCGCUGCUCGCUGGGUUAGCCCUGCUACAUAAUGCCGGGGCCAAAACCGUGCAUGGGAGCUUUGACAGUGCCCUGGCUUGGCAUAGCCGGGGGCAGCACAUUGUCACCUUCCUGUUCCAUGGUGGGUACAGUAUGGGCAUGGAGGGAAUAACAGCAUUACCCAGGGCAGAGCCCACCAUGGUCUGGGCCUAUCCCACUCAGCAUUGCCAAGCAGUGCAGGCCUUCCCUAUUAAAGACUAAAAUAACAUGUUAUCACUAUGAUAAAUUACUUACUGCCAUUCCAGCUGUUCUGAUACACUGCAUUUCACAUGACCCUCAGCCAUCCUAGCAGCCCUUUAAACAUCAUGGGAGCAGUAACCUUCAAUGCCUUGGAUGCAAAAUUGUAUUUCGAUAUUACUGUAUAUUGUAGUAGGGAAUGUCUGAGCUCAGGAACAAGUGUGAUAAAAAAUUUGGUCUGUCAAUAAGUUUUAAUUCAGGGAUAACCAUGAGAAUGUACCAUGUAUAUUUUAUUGUAAUUGUACAACUAUUUUCCAACCAUUUCCAGGUGUAAGACAGAAGAAUAAAAUUGAUGUUGAAUGUAAUGUGGCUUUUUUUUCAUAGUGACGGGUACAUGCGUUCUCUGAUAUUGUGGUGUGCACUCAUACUGAUGUGAGAGAAUCGAUUUAGUCUUACAUGUCCGUUGAUAAAAUCUUCAUGCGCUAAACGGGCAUUUGCAAACGUUGGGUCAAAGUGACCUGAAUGAAAAUAUUGACCCACUGACAUAUUUACAGUUCAAGUUUCGUGGCUUAAAAUGUGCCAAUUCUACACAUUCAAAUAUUGCAUGGUCAUUUUACCUGAUCUAAAAAACCUAAACAUAAAUGUUUCAUAUUUUCCAACAUGUCAUUUGCUUCUCUCAUGUGACCUAAAUACUAUAAGUGCAUAAUUAAUGCAUUGUUUAAAGUUUUGUUUUGCUAUGAUAGCAAGUCAAUUCAAUCAGCCAGGUAAAUUUACUAUGUAAAAAUGAAUAGUCAUUACAUUUUCAGAGGAACCCAAUGUGAGUGGAAAAAUCCUAUAACUGCAUAUUUUCGGUCACGGUAUACUUGGAAAACAAAGCAUUUUGGAUGGUGCAGUAGUGUUAUUAAAUGUGACAUUGGCAAUUUUGCUAAUUUUAUGAAUCUGGUGCUUGGAAUUAUCCUUGCUAAAAUACCUGAUAUGAGGUCGUAGGCCAGUGUUGUGGUCCUAAUAUUUAGUUAUUGUAUUAAGCUUUGUUUUCUUCUAAUGUAACUUUUUUUUUUUUCUACUCUGCACUUUGAGGCAGACAUCUGCAAAUGUUUGGGGGGUGGGAGGGAUUUCUGAAUGUCUAGCAUGUGUCACGUUUACUGUUUUGUGGGAGGUUAAUGGCAAAUAAUUUUUAUUACCUUGUAUGUAUGCAUGUGUGUGUGUAUAUAUAUAUAUAUAUAUAUCUCUAUAACAUGUAAAAUUGGUAGCAUCUGUUUUUCCUCUGUAGAUUAUGAUUGGAUUUGUUUUCAUUUUAAAGGAGACCAGGCUGUUCUCUGUGUCAGAAUUACUAAUGUUGCUGCUGCUGCUGGGAAAGAUGCCACUCUUUACCUUUAUCAGAAUGAGCAAUGGCUGAAGAUGCACGGCAGCAUGGAGGAAUACAGCUGUACAGAGAAGUUGUCACUUGCACAAGUAUUAAGUAAGUGGUAAUGGUUAUUAAUUUUCUUGCAAACUGACUCAGUCAGUUUUUGAUCUGAUGGGACAGAUCCAAAGUAGGAACCAAGUUCUUUCUAGGAAUUUUCUUAAGCACAGCUGAUGAAAUCUGUAAAACAUUGAGACAUACGCUCAAAAAGUAAUCUCUCUAACCGAGAAUGUUUUAAAUAUUUACAAAUCCGCUACUUGCACACCAAAAGCAAGAAGAUGCGCCCCUAAAUCCAGUGAAGUCUGAUAUCCCCCACCCAGUAACAUCUACAUGUCUGGCUAAAAAGAGCCUGUCGACAUGCUAUGAACUCAUUUUGACCCCCUUAACCAUGUUUUUAUCUGAUUUGCUAAGCAGCAGAGCUGGUAAAAGACAUGUUAGAGGAAAAGUGUGAGGGGUCGGCCAACAUGUGGAGAGUGGUUACUGUACCAAUUACAAGAGAAACCAAUAAUUAGGUGGUACUUAGUACCUGCAAACCUUUCACAUAUAUUUGGUUCUCAGGAUAGGAAGUGUUGGAGGUGAUGUACUUAGAGGGGGAUGGACCUUCAUAUAUGGUGGACCUGCUCCUUGUUAAAGCCGAUCUUUAUAUUAGCUUCCCAAAUAGUCAAAACUAGCAUUCAACCUGUUCCUUGCAUGGGUCUUCUCUACAUAUUCCCAAAUACCUUCCUGAAAUCUAUGAAGUAUAUACUAUGCCACCUCUUUCUAACCACCAAAAGAGCAAUGGUUUUCCUCCAUCAACUAUUGAAUUGAUGUCUAGAAAUCUUAUAAAAUUAUAUUCUUUGGUGCUUGAAAAACCUCAAUAAAAAUGUUCAGUGGGUGAAAAAAAAUCUGUUAAACAUCAAAAUAAAAGUACACAAGUGAAAACCUAAUGAAGACCUUCAUAUGAGCAGUCUAUACUGUGCACUCAACAGGUACACGGCUGGUUAGCAUAGACAGUGUCAGCUCAAACAUUUGCAAACUUCUUUAAUCAGUCACUUACCAUUGAUCCAUUCUAUCCAUUGAUGGGAGAAAUGCAGUACUAUUACAAUUCUAAAACAGUUUGACACAGUACGUUGGGAUUAUGUCAGGGCAUUGAGUGGGCUGUAUUAGUUAUGGUUCUUGGCGUUUUCCUUUAAUGCUUUUUUAUGUGACCAUUUUUAUAAAGCUGUAUUACAACACAAAAGACAGACUAUAAUGAAAGAAGCAAAAUGGACAAGAAUAGCCAUAGAUGUGCAUAUAUUCUGAAAUGAUCCUGAUAUGAGCUUUGAAUGCAUCUGAGUAUAUAACUCGCAUAUUAACGUUCAAAUUACAACACAGGCAAGACACUUAAUACAAUAUUGUAUAGAGUAACAAAUUAGCAAAUGUGUUUGUUUUUUUGUGGGCGGUGGGAGAGGUAUUUGUGUUACAGUUACCUGAUAUAUAUUUCAUUUACUUUGUUGUAGUACCCUUGAAUCAAACAGAAUAUAACUACACUUUACCCCAGAUUGUGUAUCCAAAAGCAUGGUACGCGAUUUAUGCAGACAAAUACACAUGUCUUAUGAGCUAUGAAGACCCUAAAUCAGAUGAUAUCACAUAUGAAGUCACUUUAUUGAAUCCUGAUGCUGCAGGAAAUCCGUUUGAUCACUUUGGAGCUGAUGAAUCAGGUAAAAUUUUUAUUAUUUACAGGAUAAAAGGAAACUAUUUCUCUGAUUUGGUUUAAAGGGACUCUCCAGUGCCAGGAAAACAAUCAGUUUUCCUGGCACUGCAGGUCCCCUCUCCCUCCCACCUUCCAUUCCUCGGUUGCUGAAGGGGUGAAAAUGCCGCGGGCAAUGCCGUUCAUUAGAGCUCUCCAUAGGAAAGCAUAUAAAAUGCUUUUUAAUGCUUUCCUACGGGGAAUUGAGCGACGCUGGAGGUCCUCACACAGCGUGAGGACGUUCAGCAACACUAUAGCACAGGUUUUCUGUGCUAUGGACCAGGAAGUUCCCUCUAGUGGCUGUCUAGUAGACAGCCACUAGAGGUGGAGUUAACCUUGCAAGGUAAUUAUUGCAGUUUAUAAAAAAAGGUUAGUGGGAGUUGGCACCCAGACCACUCCAAUGGGCAGAAGUGGUCUGGGUGCCUGGAGUGUCCCUUUAAUGAGUACAUUUUAUUGCUCUCUAGUAUUUUGCUAAUAACAUUGUGACGGCCUGCCGUCACUGAGUACCAGGCCCACAUAUGCCCACUUGCUUGCCCGCAUUGUUUCAGAUCCUCAUGUCGGGGAUCUCCCUAUCUAAGAGGCAAUGUAUUGGUUGUGGAAUCCCCUUGUUCGCAAAUCAUGUUUGGGCUGGAUUGGAAGAAUGUGCUUGUCCCAUUCUGGAUAUGAUAUUGAAACACAAGGGGUUGUUUGUUCCUGAAAGCUGAUGAGCAUUAACAUGUCAUAGAAACAUAGAAUGUAACAGCAGAUAAGAACCAUUCAGCCCAUCUAGUCUGCCCAAUAUUUCGAAAUACUUUUCAUUAGUCCUUGGCCUUAUCUUAAGUCUAGGAUAGCCUUAUGCCUAUCCCACGCAUACUUAAAACUCCCUCAUUGUGUUAACCUCUACCACUUCAGCUGGAAGGCUAUUCCAUGCAUCCACUACCCUCUCAGUAAAGUAAAGUAAUACCUGAUGUUAUUUUUAAACCUUUGCCCCUCUAAUUUAAGACUAUGUCCUCUUGUUCUGGUAGAUUUUCUUCUUUUAAAUAUAGUCUCCUUCUUUACUGUGUUGGUUUCCCUUUAUUUAUUUAAAUGUUUCUAUCAUAUCCCCCCUGUCUCGUCUUUCCUCCAAGCUAUACAUGUUAAGAUCCUUUAACAUUUCCUUGUAAGUUUUAUCCUGCAAUCUAUGAACUAGGUUAGUAGCUCUUCUUGAACUCUUUCUAGAGUAUCAAUAGCCUUCUGAAGAUACAGUCUCCAGUACUGCAUACAAUACUCCAAGUAAGGUCUCACCAGUGUUCUGUACAAUCGCAUGAGCACUUCUCUCUUUCUACUGCUAAAACCUCUCCCUAUGCAACCAAGCAUUCUGCUAGCAUUUCCAGCUGCUCUAUUACAUUGUCUUCCUUUAAGUCAUCUGAAAUAAUUACUCCUAAAUCCCUUUCCUCAGAUGUUGAGGUUAGUAGGGUAUCAAAUAUCCUAUACUCUUCCCUUGGGUUUUUACGUCCAAGAUGCAUUAUUUACUUAUCCAAAUUAAAUGUCAUUUGCCACAGCUCUGACCAUUUUUCUAGUUUACCUAAAUCAUUUGCCAUUUGGCUUAUCCAUCCUAUAACAUAAACCCUGUUACAUAUCUUAGUAGCAUCAGCAAAAAGACAUACCUUACCAUCAAGACCUUCUGCAAUAUCACUAAUAAAAAAAUAUUAAAGAGAGUGGGUCCAAGUACAGAUCCCUGAGGUAUCCCACUGGUAACUAGAACUUGCUUCGAAUUUACUCCGUUGACAACAACCCUCUGUUGCCUGUCAUUUUGCCACUGCCUAACCCAUUCAACAAUAUAGGAAUCCAAACUUAAAGAUUGCAGUUUAUUGAUAAGCCUUCUAUGUGGAACAGUGUCAAAAGCCUUACUGAAAUCUAGGUAGACAAUGUCUACUGCACCACCCUGAUCUAUUAUGGUAGUUACCCAAUAAAAAAAAUCAGUAAGAUUAGUUUGGCACGAUCUCCCUGAAGUAAACCCAUGUUGUCUCUGAUCUUAAAAAUCCAUGUGAUUUUAGAUGUUCAACAAUCCUAUCCUUUAACACGGUUUCCAUCACUGAAGUAAAGACUCACUGGCCCGACUCCUCCCUACUACCUUUCUUGUGAAUGGGUACAACAUUCACUAAUUUCAAAUCUUCUGGGACUACUCCUGUUAACAAUGAUUGGUUAAAUAAAUCUGUUAAUGGUUUUGCUAGUACACCACUAAGUUCUUUUAAUAACUUUGGGUGUAUCGCAUCAGGCCCCAUCGACUCAUUUGUCUUUACUUUUGACAGUUCAAAUAGAACCUCUUCCUCUGUAAACUCACAUGUAACAAAUGACUAAUUUGUCCUUUUUCUUAACUGAGGCCCCUUUCCUUCAUUUUCAUCUCUAAAUACUGAACAAAAAUAUUAUUUGAGGCAGUCAGUUAGACAUUUAUCCUCUUCUACAUACCUUCCUUCUUUUGUUUUUAAUCUAACUAAUCCUUGUUUUACUUUCCUCUUCUCAUUUAUGUAUCUAAAAAAUGUUUUAUCCCCCUUUUUCACUGACUGUGCUAGUUUCUCUUCUGUGUGUGCUUUGGAGGCUCUUAUAACUUGCUUAGCCUCUUUCUGCUAAAUCUUUUAGAUCUGCCUGUCUUCCUCACUCUGUUUUUUUUUUUUAUACAAUUAUUAAACACUAACUUUUAGUUUUUUACUAUUUUGGCCACUGCGGAGUACCACAGUGGUUUCUUGAAUUUUUUGCUUUUACUGACAAGCCUAAUGCAAUUUUCUGUUGCCUUCAGCAGUGCAACUUUUAAAUGAUCCCAUUUUUCUUGGACUCCAUUUAAAUUGCUAAAGUCUGAUAAUGACUCCUUUACACAUAGUCUAAUUUUAGAAAAGUCUUUUUUUUCUAAAGUCUAAAACUUUUAUUUUUGUGUGGUGUGACUCAGUCACUUUUCUUAUAUUAAACCACACUGACUAAUGAUCACUGGAUCAUAAACUUUCACCUACAGUAAUAUCUGAUACCAAAUCUCCAUUUGUUAACACUAAAUCUAGUAUGGCCUCCUUACGAGUUGGUUCCUCAACGAUUUGUUUUAGAGACAAUCCCAGUAGGGAGCUUAGAAUAUGUGUGCUCCUGGCACAAGCAGCUAUUUUGGUUUUCCAAAUCACAUCAGGAAAAUUAAAGUCACCCAUGAUGAUAACUUCCCCCUUCAUUGUCAUUUUAGCUAUUUCUUCAUCUAGUAGAUUAUCUCACUCUUCUAUUUGUCCAGAGGGCCUGUAAAUCACACCUGCACAAGUUACUGUGUGAUCUCCAAAUUCUAAUGUAACCCUAACAGACUCUAUGUGUGCCUCACUAACUUUUAUAAGGCUAGAUUGUAUGCUAUCCUUCACAUACAGGACCACCCCUACUCUGCCUACUUUCAUCUGAAAAACAUAGCCAGGGUACAACACUUAAUUCCAUCGGAUGAUAUGCCAAUAUUAACCCAUGCAUUUGUAUCCUCUCGGCUAGAGUAUUGCAAUGUAAUUUACUUGGGCCUCCCACAAAAAGAACUCCAUCACCUUCAGACUGUACAAAAUCCAGCAGCGAGAUUACUGACCAAUCAAACUUGCUCCUGCCACAUAUCACCUGUUCUCCACUCCCUGCAUUGGCUUCCAAUUAAAAGGCGAGCAUAUUUAAAAAUGGGCCUGCUAACCUUCAAAGCCUUAAAGGGACACUAUAGUCACCAGAAUAAAUAUAGCUUAAUGUAGUUGUUCUGGUGAGUAUAAUCAUUGCCUUCAGGCAUUUUAAUGUAAACACUGUCUUUUCAGAGAAAAGGCAGUGUUUACAUUGCCCCUAGGGACACCUCCAAGCAGGGGCGUAUUAGCCACGAGGCAAACAAGGCAUUUGCCUUGGGCGGCAUUUUCCAGGGGGCGGCAAAAAACGCCGACCCCAAAUGCCCAGUGCAAAUGUCUUGUUAGCUUCGGGGCUAACAGACAUGCUGGGCGGGCGGCUGGCGAGGGAGCACUGGGAGGCUGGGAGCCGGGUUGAUGACGUCAUAUUGCGGCUCCCAGCCUCACUGUGCGGCGCGCGAGGGAGCUGAGCAGACCGCUCAGGGUAAGAGCUCCCUCGCCAGCCGCCCGCCCAGCAGCCACUGGACCACCAGGGAGAGAGAGGAACCUCCUCCCCCAGCACUCCCAAAGGUAAGGAGGCUGGGGGGGGGUUAAAUAAAAAGAAAUUUUUUUUUGGAUGUGAGUGAUUGUGUGUGUCUGACUGUGUGUGUGUGUGUCUGACUGUGUGUGUGUGUGUGUGUGUCUGACUGUGUGUGUGUUUGUGUCUGACUGUGUGUUUGUGUCUGACUGUGUGUUUGUGUCUGACUGUGUGUGUUUGUGUCUGACUGUGUGUGUGUAUUUAGAAGGUGGGGCGGGGGGCAAGGGUUGGGUGGGGGUGGCGCAGGGGACGGCGGUGUCUGAGUUUUGUCCUGCCUAUGGCAGCACAAAUCCAGGAUACACCACUGCCUCCAAGUAGCCACUCCUCAGAUGGACACUGAAGGUGCUUUCUGGCUCAGUGCUGCACAGUAGGCAGCACUGCCGUUCAACAUCUCCACGCUCUGCAUGGGGACGUGGAAUUUUCCUCAUAGAGAUGCAUUGGUUUAAUGCAUCUCUAUGAGGAGGUGCUGAUUGGCCAAAACAGCAUUUGGCCUCGCCCCCUUGCUGAUUUUAGCCAAUCCAAUGCUUUACCCAUUUGAAAGCAUUGGAUUGGCUAAAAAUCGACUGUUGGGAUGAUGUCACCAAGGGGGGCAGGGCCAGUGCCGGCAGACCCGCACGGCACUGGAAAUAAGGUGAGUUUUAAUUUGCUUUUAACCCCUUAAGGACCAAACUUCUGGAAUAAAAGGGAAUCAUGACAUGUCACACGUCAUGUGUCCUUAAGGGGUUAAGGGGGGGGGGCAAGCAACCUAAAUGGUGGGUUUAACACUAUAGGGUCAAGAUUACAUGGUUGUGUUCCUGACCCUAUCGUGCUCCUUUAAACAAUCAAGGCCCACGGUACCUGGAAGAGCUCCUGACACCCUACAUUCCAUCCUGUUCACUUCGGUCAGCCAGCAAAUCCUUCCUGUCAGUGCCAAGAAUAAAGACAGAUUCAGUUUCCAGGGUAUUCAGCCACGCUGCCUCUACCUUCUCGAACUAUUUACCAUGUGCAAUCAGAGAGGCACCAUUUUACAGACUUUAAAAAAAAAAAAAGCUAAAGACCCACCUUUUCCGUUAGGCAUUCAGUCCGCUCAGCUGACCUUCAGAAAUUCAUAACUUUUAUGUCUUAAUGUUUGUAUACUUGUAAAGUGCUUUGAGUCUCACAGGGAGAAAAGCGCUAUAAAAAUCGCAAAUUACGGUAUUAUUAAUGUGACUAGAUUUUCUAUGUAGUUCUGUCAGACACAAACAAUAUGAAGCUCAAAGAAAAGAGGGACAUUAGUGUAAAAAAAGGGACAGAUGAAUUUGGGACCAAACCAGGGACUGUGCCUCCUAAAUAGGGGCAAUUGGGAGGUUGGAAUUAAAAAUAAAAUGUUACCUUUUUAACCCUUUAAGGACACAACUUCUGGAAUAAAAGGGAAUAAUGACGGAAUAUUUCCAUCAUGUGUCCUUAAGGGGUUAAUGUAAUUUUAAUAGAUGAUCUAUCCUUUUCAGAAUUGUGAACUAAAUGUUUCCUCAUUUAUGUUAUUGUUGCCUACAUUAGUUUUCUGUUUAAGUUCCAACACUUUCUUUUUUUCUGUCUCUAGGAUUACAUGAAUUUUAUUUCCUGCUUGUGCUGGUGUACUUUGUGGCUGCUUGUAUUUAUAUCCAAGCUCUUUGGCAGACAAUUAAGAAAGGAGGUCCGAUGCACACAGUUCUUAAAGUUUUGUCAAUUGCAUUGUUGUUGCAGGCUGUGUCCGCUUUGGCAAAUUAUAUACAUUUCUCAAGGUAAUAUAUUGAAAUCUUUCCACUAGUCUUCCUGCUAUUUUUAAAGUGAAAAUCUUAUUCUUACAGUGUUACUGUUUCUCAGGUAUGCAAGAGAUGGCAAAGGAGUACCUUUCAUUGGAAGUUUUGCUGAAUGUGAGUAUAGUACCUUACUGAAUUAGCGCUUUCAAAUGCAGUGAGGUCACACAUUUUACUGACUGUACUGACUUUUAAAAUAAGCCACGCAUUUGCUAAAUGUAAUAGAAAUAUUACCACAGUUUUUAAAGGCCUAAUUCAUGCGUGAAUGGCGAUUUGGGUUUCAUUAUCUGUACUCACAAUGUGCUUUUACAAGUGUUAAAGACCCGUAAUCAUACGCAUUAGAAAAGUAUGCCUGCAUGGUUGUACCUGUGGAGAGAAGUUAAAUGAAGAUAUUUUUACCCAAAUCUCUUCUUCUUGUGCACCCCAUCUUGGGACUUGAGUUGCUGGCAGAUGCCUCAAAGAGCUGCUUCACAUUUGUGCUCUCUUGAGGUAUUCUUUCAUGCCAUAUUCUUCCAUUAUGCAAUAGUUAGGAAGAUCCCACAUCAUUCCUAGUUCGCAUUACCAAGCACAAGUGAUAAGUAAUGGCUUGUGGUAAAUGACAAGUUGUGGGAGCUAAUUAAAACUCUGCCUCUUGCCAAUAAUCCCUACGUAUGUAUAUCUCUAAACUACUUUGGAAUUUCAGUGGAAUAAUGGCACAAUGUGUAUGGAUUUAGUGUGUGUGUGUGUGUGUGUGUGUGUGUGUGUGUAUAUAUAUAUAUAUUUUUUUUUUUAUUUUUUUUUAUUUUAAGAAGUUUAAUUACACAUGACAAAUAUUAUCUCUGAGCCAAGUAAUGUUUCUGAUACACACUAUUACAUUGCACAGUUUGUUGAGCUAUGUAAAAUUAUGUAAGAGGUUUUCUACACAAUUUUAAUGUUUAAUGACAUAGCGUGAGGACGUCCAGCGUCAGGUGACCAAAAGUCGCCUAACUGCACGGAAGUCCCUCUAGUGGCUGGUUGGUAAACAGCCACUUGAGGUGGAGUUAACCCUAGCAGGUAAUUAUUGCAGUUUCUUAAAAACUGUAAUAUUUACCUGUUUAGGGUUAUGGGACCUGGGACAGUGCACCCAGACCACAAGUGAGAAGUAGGGGCAAAACAUAAACGUUAAAACUUUUAUGCCAUCAUCUUAAUGAUCAGAGGGGUAAAAAUAAUGUGCCAGUUACAUUGCAAGCCAUAGUCAACAUAGUUGUUUUUUUCACCUCAGAGAUAAAGUGUAUCAAUUACAUUGCAACACAGUCUAGCACUAAUGCUUCAAUAUGGGGUCCUGUUUACUUCGCAUCAGAAUAGAGCAGAAUAAAAAGGAAUAUUUAUAUUUUAUUCAUACAGACAAGCUAAAACUGAAAUGACAGAAUCAUUGAGUUUGCAUUAUGAUUCUGUCAUUAAACAUUAAAAUUGUGUAGAAAACCUCUUACAUAAUUUUACAUAGCUCAACAAACUUUGCAACGUAAUAGGGUGUAUCAGAAUCAUUACUUGGCUCAGAGAUAUUUGUCAUGUGUAAUUAACUUUACAUAAGGUUCUUCUUCUGGUCCACACUUCUUAAAAAGAAUUGAAACUCCUAACUGCUCACUAUCGAUUGUCUCAUAUUUUCAUAGUGUGUGACAUAGCGUCAGAGGUGCAGAUGCUAUACUUGCUGCUAAGCCUGUGUAUGGGUUGGACUCUCAGCAGAAUGAAGAAGUCUCAGUCAAAGCCCCUCCAAUGGGAUUCUACCCCUACAUCCACUGGCUUUGCUGUUGUGGCUGUCACUGCACAGGUCUGACAUUUUCUAUAUUUAUCUACUUUACAUGUACCCUGUGGAUAUAAUAAAUGUAAUGUUAAGAAACAAGUUAAUUGAGUCUUCACUGUUAACUUUUCCUCUUUUCCUUGCAAUAGUUCACUGUGCAUACAUAGGUCUCAUACUUUUGUAGCUAUAUGCAAAUUUUAAGAGAUAAAGAAAGAUUUCUUGUCAUUCUUUUUAGUACUUGAAUGGGAUUUGAUCACUUACAUAUUCCUCAUGUGUCUAACUGUUGGAACAUACUUUUAUGAAAGGUGGUUUUGUCCGGAUUGUUAAAGGGAAACUAUAGUGCCUGGAAAACAAACUAAUUUUCCUGGCAUUAUAGAUUCCCCCGCAGUCAAGCUGCAUCAAUGCUUUCCUAUGAGGUUUGGGUGACGCUGGAUGUCCCAAUGCAUAGCGUGAGGACGUCCAGCGUCAGGGGACCAAAAGUCGCCUAACUGCACGGAAGUCCCUCUAGUGGCUGGCUGGUAAACAGCUACUUGAGGUGGAGUUAACCCUAGCAGGUAAUUAUUGCAGUUUCUUAAAAACUGUAAUAUUUACCUGUUUAGGGUUAAGGGACCUGGGACAGUGCACCCAGACCACAAGUGAGAAGUAGGGGCAAAACAUAAACGUUAAAACUUUUAUGCCAUCAUCUUAAUGAUCAGAGGGGUAAAAAUAAUGUGCCAGUUACAUUGCAAGCCAUAGUCAACAUAGUUGUUUUUUUCACCUCAGAGAUAAAGUGUAUCAAUUACAUUGCAACACAGUCUGGCACUAAUGCUUCAAUAUGGGGUCCUGUUUACUUCGCAUCAGAAUAGAGCAGAAUAAAAAGGAAUAUUUAUAUUUUAUUCAUACAGACAAGCUAAAACUGAAAUGAGAAAAUUUUAGAAAUAUUGAGGUAAAUGGGAAGAAUAUGGUUGAAAAACACCGGAUGUAAUAAUGGUGGGUCUGGUUUUGUUUUUUAUUUAAGACGUUUUGGCAAUUGAUGCAACAGCAUAUUUUCACUUUUUAUCAAUGUUAGAACUUGCUUUACUGACAGCUGACAAUUCCAACAUUACAAUGAACCAGUAUGUGUAACUCUGAAUGAAAAUGUGGUGAUAUGUUUCAAGCCCUGUUGCUUUAUUAUGUUGUGAUAUUCUAUAAUGUAAUGCAAUUUCAGUCUUUCGAUUUUGUCUUUCUUUCAUAUGGUAAUGAUGGCUGUCUUUCUAGUGUUACAAUAAUGCAUUCAUUCUGUUGUCUUGGUAACCUUAUUCAUAAAAUGCAGCUUAUCCAGAUUAUAAUUAAAAAACAAGUAUGUCUCGGCAAACAUUUAUACUACACAAGCUGCCAAUAUUAAGAAGCUGUGUAGAAAACCUUAAGAUGUACAAGAGGUAAUUCCAACCAUUAUACAAAUAUCAGUGAUUACAUUCUUACUCCAGUUCCUUUUUUUCCCAGUGAUUGCUAUGUACAAAAUAAAAGGGAGUACCUGGCAUUGAAACAAUAUCAUCUUAAAUAUGUAAUAUUUUCUGUCUUAAAUCCACUUGAGGUAAGGGCACAGUUCUGUCACCCCAAGUCUGACUGGUGGUAAAUGUACUUGGCAUUGCAAUGCAGACAAUCUUGAAUAAAUGUAAUGGAAUGCUGUAAGUAUAGUGGUGCUUAUUAAGGCAUCAAUUUAAAGUGGCUCUGUCACCUCAAACUUAACCUUCUCCUAUUACUUCUUCUUCUUUCAGAAUAUGUUCUCCACUUCUGAUCUUUUUCUUUUUAAAACAUAAGACAAAGCAGAGACUACUUUGUCUUAUGUAUUUUUGCUACUCUUGACAAUUUUGAUAAACGGGUGGUGCUUAAAUAGAUACUAUAAGUGCCAGGAAUAUAUAGCUCGCUGUGCCUCCCCCCUCCCACUGCGGUAAGUAACCCUUUAUUUACUUACCUGAUCCCAGCACCAAUGUAACUUGCUGAUGGGUAGUGGCUCUGCCUCCUCUUCUGUCCCAUGAUGAGCAGGCGCUAAUGUGCUUGCGCAGCAAAUACCGUGUGCGCAUUAGACCUUCCCAUAGGGAAGCAUUAAAUCAAUGCUUUCCUAUGGGGAAAAAUCUGAUGCUGGAUGUCCUCAUGCAGAGCGUGAGGAUGUAGAGAGUCAGAUACUGGACCUAGGUCGAUUUGGGUGCAGAAAGUACCUCUGGUGGCUGUCUGGGAGACAGCCACUAGAGGCUGACUUAGUGCUGCAAUGUAAACAACUUUAGCUUAAAGCGAAUCUCCAGUACCAGGAAAACACAUCCGUUUUCCUGGCACUACAGUGCCCCUCUCCCUCUAACAGUAUUGAAUCAUUUGAAAAAUUAUUAAAUCAAGGCCUAAUUUAGUGACCUAAAGAGGUAUACAUAAACAUAUAACUGGGUGACUGAAUCCUUGUUUUGUUUUGUUCUUUUAUUUCAUCUUAUGUGUUUUUAUAAAGGUUGUAAUAUUUGUCUUUAGUAAAAAUAUUCAUGAGUCCAGUUUGGUGUUCUCUUUGUAGAACUUUUGCCAUUAUUAUAGAUUUAGAUUUAUUUUACCUUCUGAAGACUUGCAUUACUGUGUUUGCAGGUUAUCUUGUUAGUCUGGGAGCAGUUUGAGGAGAAUGAACAUCACAGUUUCCAUGCCCAUCUGAGCUUGGCAGGAACCCUCCUGAUUGCUUUGAAAAUUUGCCUUGCAAUGUCUUUGGCUUUUGGGCUGUAUCAGAUAAUCAGCUUGGAGCGGAGCACUAUGAAGCGGCAGUUCUAUAUCACCUUUUCAAAAGUAUGUAUCUUAUGUCUUAAUUGUGCCUUGCACUGCUCUCAUGGCUUUGUUUGCUUGCAUUGUGUGUGAGUGUGAGAGAGUAUUUUUAAAUAUUUAUUCUACCAGUUUCAUUAUAGAAAAAUAAAUAACUCAGAUGGAUUCAGACGGGUGUUCAAUUUUACAUUUGCAUAUAAUGCGUUCCCUUAGGUCAUUAGAUGUCUUGCCCACGUAAUUGAGACCACAAGGGCAUAUAAUUCUAUACACAACAUGUGAGGACCACACAUGUCUAUAGAAUUAUAUGCCCCUGUGGUCUCACUUACGUGGGAAAGACAUCUAAUGACCUAAGGGAACGCAUGCAGGGUCACAGAUCUACUAUACGUUCAGCACUACUGAGCGGCACUGCAAGCACUCCAGUCGCCAGGCAUUUCCUUGAGAUGGGACAUAGCCUGUCCUCGCUUCGCUUUAUGGGAAUAGAUCACAUACCCAUCUCACCCAGAGGAGGAGAUCGUGAUAACCUGUUACUCAGACGUGAGGCUUUCUGGAUACACACGUUGGAAACACUAUCACCAUCUGGUUUAAAUGAGAAGAACUCAUUAUAUUGUUUUUUACCUAGAAGAUAAUAUAUGAUUGAGCUAUGUUUUACAGAAUGCAUUAAUAUAAUACUGUUAUUUGCCGUAAUUCCAUGAUGGAAGUAGUCCAUAUCGUAUAAUGCUUCAAAAUUGCACUGACAAUAUUUUGCUAUAUAACUGAGUUAAUAUUUAUCUAAUGACGAUAUGUACUAUGUAUCUAUGUUCCCUUGGUUAAGGUUGAAACUUUUGUAUAUACUUUAUUUUUAUAGUUAUUUAUCUUUUAUUACUUCCUGACUUAGCUACACGAGAGUAUGUUUCACAUACCAGUUACACAUAGGGUUAACUUCAAUUUAUUACGUAAUUCAAACAUGUUUACGUCAUUAAUGACAUCACUCUGAUCCGUUGUUACAUUUCACCUGUUCACCUCCAAACUGCAUUUUUUGUAUAUAAGGUAUCCAUCUCACAUACACAAUUGUCUUGAAAAAAGUAUUUUACAGACUGAAACGUCGACUGAAACGUUGUGUGAAUUUGUAAUUGCUCAAUAAAGCAACAGAUGAAAUUUACCUUGAAAGACUCCUGAGUGCUCUCUACUGGUAUCUUAUACAAUUUGGUUGGAGACAGCACCGGAGCAUGAACCCCUUAAGGACACAGGACAUGUGUGACGUGUCAUGAUUCCCUUUUAUUCCAGAAGUUUGGUCCUUAAGGGGUUAAAGGACCGGGAGCAUUGAGUACUGGGUCGUGUGUAUGUAUGUAUAUAUGUGUAUAUAUAUAUAUAUAUAUAUAUAUAACUCUUUUUACACUUUAUCAUCUAAAUAUAUUGUGUACAAUCAAAUUUCAGCUAAAAGCAUAAACUAUUAUAUCUUUUGUGUCAAUUUUCAUUGUAAAGUAUUUAUGGUGGGGAGUAGAUCAUGCUAACCUAAAAGUGAUAGGUUUUCUAUUUUGCGCUGUUUGUGUUAUUUUGUACUGGAUUUCUUUGACUCAAGUGUCAGUAGACAUUAAUCAUCAUGCGUUGUUUUUUUUUUUUUCAGGGUUGCUUCUUGUGGUUUUUGUGCCACCCAUGCUUUGUAGUCAUUUCUUACUUGUUCAAAGAGUAUCAAAGAGAAAAGGUAUGCAUUAAAUUACAAUCAAAAUAAAUAAAUGUCUAAAGUUGCAUCUUUAAAAUACACCAUAGCAUUAAAAAAUGAAUUAUAUUCUCGGCUGUAUAAAUAAACCCUAUCUUACGACAAUUAGUUAUAGAUUCAGCAGUUUGAGUACUCAUAGUAACAAUUAUUACUUUAGUCCUUCGUGAUUGUAGACUAAUAAAAAAUAAUUAGAGAAACUAUGAUGAAAAGAUAAGGCUUUGUUUUGAUACACUGCAUUUAUACAUUUGUUUGUUAAAAUGCUGAGUAUAUAUAAUUAGGACUAAAAUACAUUUUUUGAAGUCUAAAACAAAUACUGUAAGGGGUGAAUUAUAGUUUUAAAGUUAAACAUUUGUAAAAUGUGUGAGGCUGAGAUUACAGUAUUUAUAGUAGUGAUGGACUAAUAUUAGUAAAAUUUGGCAGGCUGAUAUUACAAUGUUUAUAUUGGUCACAAAAUCCAUAACCACUACUCAGAAGUAUAUAUUUGUAGAAAUUACAUCCUCCAGGCUAUGUAACUUAGAGCUUUUUUACCCUUUUCAUUUAACCAUUUGAUCACAAACCUAGGUCAAAUAAGUAUUUUCACACACUUUUUGUUUUGGGGAAAUUCACAGACCACGCAAGUCUAGCUAUUGCAAACACCCUAUAUUUGUAUUCUGCUACUGAUCUCAAGUGCAAUGAACCCCACAUGUAUACCAAUUUCUAUAAUCCAACCCUUAAUUCUACCCAUAAUUCAACGUCUAACCUACCUAUAAUUCAACCUCUUAUCCCACCUCUGAGGGAUUCCCUCUGCUGAUGUCUGUACUGACAUCAACAGAGGCAUUUUCUAGCUCACACAGUACAGAGGGCUCUGUGAGCACUGUGUGAUUGCAGCGUGAGAGCGAAUUCUCCAGCACACAGAGAUCGGUGAUGGUCAGCUGGCAAAGCCCAACAAUUAUACGUAAUUGGCGUACAACUUCAAUUACGUAUCAAGGUAUCAAAUUAACCAGACCUAGCAAUCCUUUAAUGCAAAGGUGCCUUAAGGUGUUGAAACAUACCUGGGGUUCCUUAGUACAAGCAGGGAUUUAACUCGUGCUGGUACCUUUACUGCAUGACAGUCUAUGCUGCCACUGAAUGUUAAAGCCCUGCACUGCAUGAUGGCAUAGACCGUCAUGUGGUCCUUACGUGGUUAACAUAUAAAAUGCAAAUAUGUUAUAGACAUAGCCAUUUAAUUUAGAAGAUGAGUCGGUUUUAUUUCCUCCACCAGUCCAUGUCAAGCUGCUGCCAUUGUUCCAUACAGUAUGCCAGCUGUUGAAAAGAAAGAAAGAAAUGGCUGUGAAGAUUACAACUUUGCAAAGUGAGGAGAUAUGUGCUACAACACAUCAAAAUUGAAAUCAAAAAGGGCUUAUUAUGUUACGUAGCAUAUGGUUUUUGUUUCCACUCUGAAUGUAUAUGCUGGAUAUACCAUAUUUAACUUCUCAAACUUUCUGAGGGAGAUUUACAGGGUCAUUCACUAAAGUCUGUGUGGCAGUCUGAGUCUGAAAAGGACAAAACCAUCCGGCUCACACUAUUUAUCAGUGUCCUGAUGUGCAAAACAUUACUAAGUGUUCCCCUUUUUUGUCCUCAAAUGGAUAAAGUAACAUCCUGGAAGUAACAGGGGGUUCCAUCAACUGUAUGAACUACUACAAGUGGAAAAAACUAAACACGAUUGUUAGUAAUGCAUAUACAAUGACCGUUAUUGUAUUUUGUGGAUUAAAAUAGAUUUUCCUACAUCCAUUACCUAAAAUAUAGGCAAGAAGGUAUUUGUCUAAGAAAAUGUUUUUUAACGGUUUUAGAUCAGAGCAUCUUUAAAGUCUCCUUUUAACAUAAAAUCCUAUCUGCUACAAAAAAAUCAUAAGAUUUCAAGGGCUUGUGUAUCAUAUUUGUGACUUUUUUUUCUUCACCUUCAAUCUAACAAAUGCUUAAAAAAUUAUUUUUUUUGUUAUACUAAAUGGUUUUAUACAUUCCAAUAACUUCUCCUUUUUCCUUUCCACAGGUGAUCACUGUUGGCGUUGUCCUGUCUCAGUCACUCUCUAUGGUUAUCCUUUAUAGACUUUUCUUGUCACAUAGUCUGUAUUGGGAGGUAUCCUCUCUUUCAUCUGUAACUCUUCCCCUAACUGUGUCAUCAGGGCACAGAAGUCGCUAUUACUCUUGAUACCAUGAGCAGGGAUGUCUUAACAGUCAUGGAAUUGCACUGCAGAUAGACAAAGACCACUAAUGUGCUCCUCAGCGCUUGGGACAUUUGUGCUUUUUUCAAAUGUCAAAGGAAAUAUCUGGUGUUAGGAUAGCGACGUGGUGCUGAAAAGCAUUCUGUUUGAAGAAAUUCAGGAUUGUGCUCUCCCAAAAUAUUUUCAAUUGAAAAAAUAUCAUUGGGGUUUGUGAAAGCAUGUAGCAUAAUGGCCAAAUUUUUCCUUGUAACCACCAAAUGAAUUUUCAUGUCACAUCUACACAGGGAGCAGUUAAACAAAAAUAGUUCAAGAGAACAGACCUACAUUUCAAAAUCCAAUUACAUUUCAUAGUUCUGGACCAGGUAACGUUUUUGGGCCUUGAGUAUGAACUGUGUUACCAAACCAAUUAAAUUAAAUAAAAUGUCAUUGUAUGCAUUGAGAUAUAUAUGUGAGUAUGUGUGUAUGUAUUUUGUUCUGUUAUUGAUUUCGGUUUUCUAGUUUUAAAGUAAAAAGUGAGAAGUUUUUGUACAAGUCUAAACAUUUUAUCUAAGCCAUAUGCAUUAAUAUAAAAAUACAUGAUCGAGAUUUAAGGUUUAUGGUACAGCAAUAAAGGUUGUACAGAAAGGUAUUUGAUGAAAUAUAUGUUUUUUUUUUUUACUACAUGACUUGUGUCCAAUUUAUUUCAUAUUAUUUUUUUACUAUUAUCAUUUGCUUAAUCCUUGAGUAGUGAGGAGUGUAACCCCUUUGUUUUGUGCUGUGUGUG